GACACUAAUGACACUGAUAAGUGCAAUGGCAGAUAGUAAUGGUAAUAUUUUGUGAAAAGGAAUAAUAAAACCUAAUAAAAAAAUAUAUGUAAAUUUUUAAACUUAAAAUUUUAUAGCCCACAUUGUAUUUUUUCACUAACAAAAUAAUUUAUAGGAAUACACAAUAAAUAUGUCAUCAGGCCGGCCCAUUAAAUGUGUGGUUGUUGGAGAUGGAACCGUAGGAAAAACUUGUAUGCUCAUUUCUUAUACCACAGAUAGUUUUCCUGGCGAAUAUGUUCCGACAGUGUUUGACAAUUAUUCCGCCCCAAUGGUAGUUGAUGGAAUUUCUGUUAGUUUAGGACUUUGGGAUACUGCAGGUCAAGAGGAUUACGAUAGGUUACGACCUCUAUCCUAUCCACAGACAGAUGUUUUUUUGAUAUGUUUCAGUGUAGCAUCACCAUCCUCUUUUGAAAAUGUUACUUCUAAGUGGUAUCCUGAAAUUAAACAUCACUGUCCAGAUGCACCCAUUAUAUUAGUUGGUACGAAAAUAGAUUUAAGAGAUGAUAGAGAAACUUUGAAUUCUCUUGCUGAUCAAGGUCUCAGUCCUAUAAAAAGAGAACAAGGACAAAAAUUGGCCAAUAAGAUUAGAGCUGUAAAAUAUAUGGAAUGCUCGGCUUUAACUCAGAGGGGUCUUAAACAGGUAUUUGAUGAAGCUGUUAGGGCAGUACUCCGACCCGAACCUCAAAAAAGGCGCCAACGCAAAUGUUUGGUUAUGUAACCUUUUUGGUUAUAUAUUUUUGGAAGUCUCUAAAUUUAAUACUCAUUUUGAUAAUGUUGCAGUUUUUAUUUUCUAUUUGGGAUCUGUGGUUUUCAUAAUAAACAAUUUAAGCAGCAUCCAUUUUAUCAAAUCUAAGUAGUUUAUUAUUGCACAUAAUAAAUGAUCAGAUUUUAUUAAAGAAUGGUCAUUUCAGAUGAGUUACAACACAUUUAUAGAUGAAACUAAUUUGUAAUUAAAUUUAUAAUUUAUUUUUGUCACAAUUUCAAUUAGAUCUGACAUCUGUAUUAAUCCUCUUUAUACAGUGCAGGUAUUAAGUCUUACCUGUCUAUUUUUAUUUUAAUCAAGGUGUUUUAUAACAUAUAAAAAAUUGUCAUCCCUUUUACCCCCUUCCCUUGACAGACAGUUUCCUCUUCCGACUAUUCUUUGAUGUCUUGUCAAAUGGCUCUCAUAAAGUUUGGGUUUAAAAUAACCCCCAUAGGUAAAAAAUCUAGAGGAGUCAGAUCUGGUGAGCAGCAAUAUGAGAAGGAGCUCCAUCCUGCUGAAAAAUAAUAUCCCCAAUGAAAUCGCCUGGAUUGUUUCUAACUAAAUCAUAUCAUUAAUUAUUGAAGGAACUAUUUGUGUCUGUAACAGGUAUAGAUUGGUUUUUUUCCCGUUAAAUUUCUGACAAUAAAGAGUCUAUAUUGUUUUCUGCUAGUAUACUUGCCCAAACAUUUAAUUUAUUCGGAAAUUGAGUAUGACACCCUCAAAACAAUGGAGGGGUUCCAUUGAACCAAUAUCUGACGUUUUGUCGAUGUACAUGACAAUUUAAAUAGAAUGUAGCUUUUUCGGAAAAAUAAAUAUGUCUUAAGUAAUUUGGAUCUUGUGAAGUAUUAUUAUCUAUAGUUUCACAAAAUUGCAGUCAUUGAUCUAGAUCACCAUAUGUCAAUUUUUGCUUUAUUUUCAGUUUAUAUGGAUGAAAAUUUUGCUUAUUUAAAAUGUUUAGACAGAUCUGUAACUUACCACAAAUUGAGACGAAAUAUCCACAAUAUUUUUUUUAGAACUGUGUGAACAUUUCUAGAAGUUUUAUUUUUAUAUAAUUAUUAUGACUGUAUAUGUGGAUGCUGCUUUAAAUUUUUUCAAUUAUAUACACAAUUUUUCUAUUCAUUUUUAAUCGUGUGAUUUGUUUCAACAAACAUUUUUCUGUAUAGUUUAGUUGAUUUCAGAACAAAAAAUUAUCCAUCUUUUCGAAUUCCUAAUGGCUAUACUAUAACAAACAGUUAACCUCAAAUAUUAUUCAGAAGCAUAAACCUUGAAUAUUUCAAAUAUAUUUGCUGACAAAAAUGGUAACCAUUCACCAAUUUCAGAUUUAAAAAAUUUUUAUGUCUUGAUUUGCUAUUUACAGGUUUAUCAGUUGAAUUUCUUAGAACUUAUUAAUCUUCACUCGCUUUACUACAAUUUCAAGAGGUGUGGGCUUAAGAAAGCCAUAGAGCUUAAGGCCUUAGGUAUCAUACACCAAUCACAGAACAACGAGAUCGUCGAUUCAACAUCAACUGGUCCAUUGACCCGGAUUGCCGGUUCCAUAUAGGAAAAACUACAGAUUCACAACCUUUGCAAUUGUGACAAUCAUAUAAAAAAAGGAAAGUUCUUAGAUUUGAUUUAGUAAAAGAGUCUUGCUUCAAACGCUUGGAACAUUCUCCAAAUUGGGAUGAGUUAGGGCGACUGAGGGGGCUACAAACGGACUACCCAAACAAUUAUGACUGACAAGGCCUCUCUAACCAGACAAUGACAAACCAGUGGUUCUAAGAGCUCAGAAUGAGUAAAGUAUAUCGUCAAAAAAGAAGUUUUGACAUUUUUUCCACACUGGAUGCUGCCCUUUUAAGUUGAGCAUCGUCGUAGCCUUCUGCUUUAGUUGUAGACAAAGAAUUCAGGGGGAGAACGAAAUCAAGUUACCUUUAGUGAAAAAGUCUACUUCUAUCAGAUGAGGCACAAUGGUCAGCCAAGGAGUAGGAAGCAUUUACCUUGGCUACCAAGAUCUCCCAAUCUGUCUCAUAUUGAAUAUAUCUGGGAUGUAACUGAUUAAAGGCUCUUAAAUUGUAGCAUCCUUUACAGACUUUAACAGCACUUUCAUCGAGUGCAUAAAGAAUAACCUCUUUACAAAACAUGAUGAUGACACAUCUCAAUCUGUUGUUUAAUGAAGCAUUAAAAAAAGCUCUCAAAUUCUUUAAAAAAUUAUUAUAACCAAAUGAACAGAUGUGUGCGAUUUCCUUUAUAGAUAGACAGUACCUAUAAUUUUCUAUUUUAUCUGUGACCUCUACCAUAGUUUUCGGCAGGUUAACAAAAUAAUAGUUGGUUUGCAUUGCACUUUUUCCUCUAUUAUUAUUAUCAUAUUUGUUAUUUGACCAAAAUUAGACUAUAACUUAGAAUUUAGUGACUCAGUAAAUAUUAAAAUUUAUAAAUAUUCAUUAUAUUGCUCAUGUAUAUAUUAUACUUAACCAAUUGUUAACUGUUUGUUUAGUUUCACUACAUAUUUAUCAUUUUGCAACUUUUGAUUCUGUUUAAAAAAACUACUCAACCUAUAACAAUUUUUACAAUUUACAAAUAUUUUCUACACAAUUUUUACAACCAUAUAUUAAUCGAAUUUUUAAGAAAAAUCUCUUUUUUAUAUAUAAAAAAACGUAGUGUCGUACAACGAAAUGCGUUAAUUAAAAGUUGUUUUAUAUGAAACUAUUUGCAUUAUAUUGGUGAACAUAUAUUACAUCUUCGAGAUUAUUUAAUUGGUUGAGAAGCAUCUUUGAAUUGUAAUUAUUGAAUGAGAAUAUUCAAUAAUAUUCACAUUCAAUUUUCUGGAACAACAACAAUUACUUUUUAUAUAUAUAUCCCCUUUUAUAGCGUUAUACGCCUUUGGGUUCCUAAUCUCCAGGCCUGUCUAUCUUGCCAGUCGUCGACUGCUAGGUUCCUUUCGGACAUUGCUCUAGUGAUUCCUUGUAGCCAUGUUCUAGGUGGUCUUCCCCUCUUUCUUUUUUCUUUGGGGGUCCAUUCUAAUAUUAUUCUUGGUAGUCGUUCUCUUCCCAUUCUCUUAAUGUGUCCGUACCAAAUCAACUGUU